AUGCUCGCGAAGACGACGAGGUUGGUGGAUCGGGCCCUUCCGUGGAUGCAGCUGCCGUCGGUGCCGGACAUUUUCAGGCCGUUCGGGGUCCACUUCUUGUACGGGCUCGGAGGGGAGGGCCCACUCGCGGCGAAGUUCGUGAAGGCGCUGUGCGGCCACGCGCACAACUUGGCGAAAGAGCGCGGGUGCGGGGUUGUGGCGACGGAGGUGUCGAGCCGGGAGCCGCUUAGGUUAGGAAUCCCGCACUGGAAGAGUCUGUCGUGCGCCGAGGAUUUGUGGUGCAUCAAGCGGCUAGGGGAAGACUACGGUGACGGCUCUGUCGGUGACUGGACUAAGUCGCCACCCGGCAUGUCUAUUUUUGUCGACCCCAGAGAAAUAUAA